AUACUUUACUAAAAGGUUUCAUUUCAAGAAAUAAUCCAGAUUAAUAUGUGCGUGGUGCUUAUCAAUCACACUAUAUGGAGUACUGAAAAGUUUAUGACGAUUGAAAUUUAUUUCCAGUCAUAUUGAGACUAUUACAAAUCAAAUUUGGGGGCGAGUUUUCCAUAUUAAGAAUCUGUACUAGGAGGAAAAAACUGUGAUAAGGAGAUUGUGGAAUAACUUUUUGCUAGAUUCCAUGAAGGGUUUGCGACUAAAGAAACAGAUACGAUGGGAUAGUUUUGAGGACAGGCGAAACCAUCUCAGGAAAACCUGCGACUCUAUGCCCAAAUUCAAGCAAAGCGGAACACUUGUAUCCUUAAAAGGACAAUAUCUUCUCUACGAUUCUAAACACGACUUUAUUUUCUGUAUGGUACAGAAGAUAGGCUGCACAUUUUGGCGACGGGUUUUCCAUUUGUUAACGCAUAAUAUUUCGGAUUUGUAUUCUAUAGAUAACUACAAAGUUCAUCAGGAAACUUUACCAUCAUUGGAACGUCUCCACAUCAACAAAACAAGACGUAUUUUACAGUCAGCAACAACUGCUCUGUUUGUUCGAGAACCUUAUGAGCGUGCUGUGUCUGGCUAUUUAGACAAACUGUUUGCAAUCAAUAGUUAUUACAUGGAAACACUUGGACGACAAAUCGUAAGAAUGACCAGAAAAAACGCAAGUGUUGAAGCCUUAACUUGUGGCCAUGAUGUGACAUUUACGGAAUUCAUCCAAUACAUUUUGGAAAUGAAACGGAAGAAUAAAAUUGAAAGCAUUGAUCAUCAUUUUACACCCAUAUACAUACACUGUUCGCCAUGUGCGGUCAAAUACGACUUCAUAGGCAGAAUGGAGAAUUUCCAAGAAGAUACCACAGCGAUUUUUAAACAAACUGGUAUAUUUCGUAACAGAACAAUCUCCAUGGAAAUCAAGGAUUUCAUGGGUGAUGAGAUGCGUAUUACAUUCAAAGAAGUGUUGGUGACUAGAAAGGCAUUGUCACACUGCAUGACGUUGCCGGAGAUGUAUGGUAGAGCGUGGAAAACUCUCCAACUUAGGGGCAUUAUUAACCCGGAUGUUCCAAUGCCUAGCUCUCAAAAUGUUACCUUGGAGAUGUUGCACCGAGAGGCGGUGGAGGCCAAUGAUCCGUCACGGGUAUCUGAGUAUAAACACGGGGCAUUUGUCAAUUUGUAUAAGACCUUGGACAGAAAGCUUCUGGAAGAGUUUCGAGAAUAUCUUUUACCAGACUGCAAGCUGUUCGGUUAUAACGAUAGGCCUCCAGAAUUAUUUUCAUGAGAAACGAUACUUUGACUAUACGGCUUGGCUCAUGUAUACUGUCGCAUAGUAUAGUUGAUUGCUAAAUGUUCGUAUUUAUCAUCUUCAACACAAAUAUUGUAACCAAAAUUAAUGUAAAGUAAAGCCGAAUGGAAAUGA